GAGACAAGGUCGCGCGGCCGGUCAGAGUGAAAGCUAAAGUUCGAAACGAAUCAGGAAAGCAGGAAGCCGGGGAAUCAUGCAAGCUCUCCGCUCGGUCCGACAUCUCUCGAAGGCAUUGAGCCGAGGCAAGGCAACUCUGCCCGAUCUUCCUUACGACUACAAUGCCCUGGAGCCGGUCAUCUGUGCUGAGAUUAUGCAACUGCACCAUUCAAAACAUCACAACGCCUAUGUUACCAACUACAACAUCAGCUCUGAGAAACUUCAGGAGGCUGUGAGCAAGGGCGAUGUCAGUGCACAAAUCGCUCUCCAGGGAGCGAUAAAAUUCAACGGAGGUGGCCACAUCAAUCACUCGAUCUUUUGGCAGAAUCUGUGUAACCCGAAGGAUUCGGGAGAACCCAGCGCUGAACUCCAGGCAGCCAUCACGAAAGACUUCGGCAGUCUUGAGAGUCUGAAGGAGAAGGUGUCAGCGGCUGCGGUCGCUGUCCAGGGAUCGGGGUGGUCUUGGCUCGCCUACAACAAAGCCACGAAGAGUCUCCAAGUCGCCGCUUGCGCGAAUCAAGAUCCUUUGGAAGCGACCACGGGCUUAGUGCCCCUAUUCGGCAUCGAUGUCUGGGAACACGCGUAUUACAUCCAGUACAAGAACGUACGACCGGACUACGUCAAGGCGAUCUGGAAAGUGGCUAAUUGGAAGGACGUCUCCCAGAGGUUCGCAAAUGCGAAGUAGGUUGAUCUGACAGAUCUGUCGCGCUGACGGAACUCACUCAGAAUUGUUUAUUGAUUCUCACUUAUUGUUCGUUUAGGAUAGCCGAAUGAGUGAAGAAGGAUUAUUUCAG